AUGCAACUUUCAAAACUUUUGGCGUGCACCUUUCUAACAACCAGGUAUUUAUUCUCGAUGAAUUGAUACCAGAGAAAACAUUCUUACACCUAUUUCAGUGCAGUCGCAGACCUCAAGAUCAGAGGCAUUUGUACGAGCCGAAGCAUCUACUGGAACCUAUUGGUAGGUUUUCCGGCACGAUAUAAACCCAGGUAUUAUGGAUAAACACUGACACUUUGUAAUAGUUCUUCCCCGAUAGAGACGCGACCAUCAAAGCAUGCGAUGCUUACAAAGCCCGACCUGUGGGGCCGAAUAAGGAAGAUAGUUGUCCCGAUUGCGUUUUUGAGGACCGCGUGGUCACGCCAAAUUGCUAUAGCCAGAACGAGCAUAUCGGUGGUGUAGAGGUAAAUUCAUCCAUUUAUUAUUCCACGCAGUCUUGAGAUCAGUAGAGCGGGGUUGUUAGAUCUUCCUUGGUCAGGAUAAGGCGGUGGAAAUGAAACGUUUUAAGUCAUUUGAAGGCAUCCGCUAACUUUUAUUUCUAAUAGUGGGAAGAAUUGUGUCAAGCCAAUGGUGCUAUGAGAGGAUAUGGAAUUGGAAAUUAA